CGAAGAGACAGAGAGAGGACAGCAUCCUGGAGCAAACUACGUCCAGGAAAACUUCUUCUGUUCCUGGCUAACAUAUGGGCAACAAAGUGGUGACUUUUACGGAAGAGCAACUCGAAGAUUACCAAGACUGUACAUUUUUUACGAGGAAGGAAAUUUUAAGGGUGCACAAACGCUAUCGGGAAUUGGAUCCACAUAAAAUUCCGAAAGAAAUGACUGGAGAUGAAGCUCAUACUGUAACUGUACCUUUAGAAAAAGUAGAGAAGAUGCCAGAACUUCGAGAGAAUCCUUUUCGACAGCGUAUUUGCAAGGUAUUCUCCCACGAUGGCAGUGGGAAUAUGACAUUUGACGACUUUUUAGACAUGUUAUCGUGCUUUAGUGAGCAAGCACCUAGAGACGUCAAGGUUGUCUAUGCAUUUAGGAUAUACGAUUACGACGGGGACAAAUUUAUUGGGCCCGAUGACCUUAAGCAAGCAACCAUUGCAUUAACGAGAAGUGAAUUGAAUUCAGAAGAAGUAAAUCUAGUGGUUGAGAAAGUACUGGAAGAGGGUGAUAAUGAUGACGAUGGAAAAUUAUCUUUCAUGGAGUUCCAGAGUAUCAUAUCCAAAGCACCGGAUUUCCUUAGCACAUUCCACAUUCGUAUAUGAAGGAACAGUAACAAGACAAGAAGUAUUCCUGAAACAUCAAACAUUAUUAAGCAGUAUCUUCUUCAACUUAAAUAGAAUCCCCCUGACUGAUUGACAGCAUUUAAAAAAAGAUCAAAUUUGUACUCCAAUUUUAGAAAGGUUUUACAGACUAAACGGACAACUGCUUUGUAUAAAUUUAUGAAGAUCAGAUAGAAAUUUGUACAGUGAUGUAUCAAUAUAAAAUAUGUACAGCUUCGCAUGUUAAACAGUUUUAUAUUUCAAAAUAAAGAAUUCAUGAAA